GGUGCCUAGAGGACCCCAAUGGCAACCCCAACCCCAAUAUGUCUGGGUUCCCUUCAAGCCCUAAUCAGGACUGCUGCGGUUUCCUCCUGGCGCCUGUGGUCUCUAACAGCAAUGAUCCCCCCCAUGCUGCACUAAUGGCUCAGCCUGGGGCUCCAGGGACUUCCUCCACCCCCUAGACUACUCUGCUGGCCCCUCAACCCCCCUCACUGCUGAAACCCAAUCCUCUGCAGCAGCUUCAGCUCAGCACUGCUCUGCGGCCCCUGUCUGCCACUGCUGCCGCGCCCUACCUAGUUGCUGUGCCGCCCCAGGCCCUCGGAGUCAACGCCUGUGCUGGGGAAGGCAGAGCUGGACCGCUUCUUGAUUCAGUCCUGUCAGGCCAGUACUCCCCCCACCUCUCAGACUUAGCUCCCCUCUCUCUUCUCUCCCCUCUUCUUCGCUUCUUUCCUCCUCAGUCCUUACCGAACCUCCUGAAUCCCAUCUCAACCCGUUAGCCCUACAAACCACCCUCUGUCACUCCUCCUAAGCCCUAUACUCAGUCAGUUGCCCCUUCCCGGGCUCCAGCCAUGAAGCCCCCCUCGGGGCUGGAGGAGGCCCCAAGGCGGCAGGCCUCAGAUAUCCAAGUGUUCGCCAACAGCUGCACGAUGCACGGUCUGGGCCAUGUCUUUGGCCCCGGAGGCCCAACCCUGCGCCGCGGGCUGUGGGCCACAGCUGUGCUCCUGUCGCUGGCUGCAUUCCUCUACCAGGUGGCUGAGCGUGUGCGCUACUAUGGGGAGUUUCAUCAUGAGACCACCCUGGAGGAGCGAGAGAGUCACCAGCUCAUCUUCCCGGCUGUUACUUUGUGCAACAUCAACCCACUACGCCGCUCACGCCUCACACCCAAUGACCUGCACUGGGCUGGGAUGGCACUGCUGGGCCUGGACCCCGCUGAGCACGCUGCCUACCUUCGUGCCCUGGGCCGGAACCCCACACCACCUGGCUUCAUGCCCAGUCCCACCUUCGACAUGGCGCAGCUCUACACCCGAGCUGGCCACUCCCUUGAGGACAUGCUUCUGGACUGUCGCUACCGUGGCCAGCCCUGUGGGCCUGAGAACUUCACUGUGACCUUCACUCGGAUGGGGCAGUGCUACACAUUCAACUCUGGUGCCCGUGGGGCAGAGUUGCUCACCACUCCAAAGGGCGGUGCUGGCAACGGCUUAGAAGUCAUGUUGGAUGUGCAGCAGGAAGAGUAUCUGCCGGUGUGGAGAGACAUGGAAGAGACCCCGUUUGAGGUGGGGAUCCGAGCGCAGAUUCACAGCCAGGAGGAGCCCCCUGCCAUCGACCAGCUGGGCUUUGGGGCAGCCCCCGGCCACCAGACUUUUGUGUCCUGCCAGCAGCAGCAACUGAACUUCCUGCCACCGCCCUGGGGCGACUGCAAUACUGCAUCUGUGGACCCCGACUUUGAUCCUGAGCCCUCUGACCCCCUGGGUUCCCCUAGCUCCAACCCCAGCCCUCCUUAUAGUUUAAUAGGGUGUCGCCUGGCCUGUGAGACCCGCUAUGUGGCCCGGAAGUGCGGCUGUCGAAUGAUGCAUAUGCCUGGUAGCGCAUCAGUGUGCAGCCCCCAGCAAUACAAGGACUGCGCCAGCCCAGCUCUGGACGCCAUGCUGCGGAAGGACAGGUGUGCCUGCCCCAAUCCAUGCGCCACGACCCGCUAUGCCAAGGAGCUCUCCAUGGUGCGGAUCCCCAGCCGCGCCGCAGCUAGCUACCUGGCCCGGAAAUACAACCGCAGUGAAGCCUACAUAGCGGAGAACGUACUGGUCCUCGACAUCUUCUUUGAGGCCCUCAACUAUGAGGCGGUGCAGCAGAAGAAGGCCUAUGAAGUGUCAGAACUGCUGGGCGACAUUGGGGGCCAGAUGGGACUGUUCAUUGGAGCCAGCCUGCUUACCAUCCUCGAGAUCCUCGACUACCUCUGUGAGGUGGGAAAGGCCCUCAACCAGGGGAUGGGAGAUCAGAAUAGUAGUGUCAAGGGAGAAGUAGUAUAGGCCCAGCCCAAGCCCAGUAGCAAUGUGCAGUCAUCUUGGCCAGUCCCCACCUGACCCUUCCUCCUCCCACAGCUUCAGGAAGGGCUGAACAGCCAUGGAACGCACAUUCCCCACCACAGCCUGGG